AGGAAGCUGCAGCAGGUUGGAAGAGUCUGCUCCUGUUCACAGCACCUACAAGAGGAGUCCAGGCCGGUUCUGACCCGUGUCCCGCACUUAUUCUGCCAGUUUCAGUGUAGAUGCGAGCAGCUUCUCAUUGGUGAGCGGGGGGUGGGGGGUCUUUGCUUUGGGCCUCAGGGAUGGCACCGGACGUGGAGAGGAUCAUCGCGAGCAUCAGCAUCGGAGACCAGGACACGGUUCAACUCCUGCUGGACAGCUACAAUACCCAGUAUGCAGACUGCUUCUUCUUUGACUCUGAGGCGCAGGAGAGAAAACAGCAACAGCGGCUGGAUGAGUUCAGGAAGAUGAAGGUGAGGGAGUGUGCUUCUAACUCUGAUUCUGAUGAGGACUCAGACGAAGAGAAACCCGAUCUUCUCCUCCGUCAGGAUCUGGCUGCAGCCCUGCUGUCCUUCGUCAGCGGUCAGCUGCAGCCGGCUGUGUUACGGGUGUGUCUGCACACCCUGCGCAUCCUCUCCCGUGACUGCAGGGCCUUGGGGCCCAUGGUCUCCGACACAGCCCUGUUCACCUUGGCUCACCUGGGUGGCAUACUCACAAACAAGGCAAAGGGGGAACAAACUCCUGGCUGCAGGGAGACGCUGGACGCCGACGGCACCUCUGACGUUUCGCUUUCUGAAGCUGUGAGAGCUGCUGCCACCACACAUACCUCAACUGUCUGCAGCUCCAGGUGGAGGGGGGGCGAAGAACGAAUGCUGGUCCCAGGAAAAAGAGACACCCGGGAGGAGGACAGUGAGGAUGAAGAGAAGGAGGAGGAUGGGGAGGUGUGCAGGAAGGAAGCCAUGAAGGUCUUGUGUAAUAUCAUCUACAACAGCCCCCACGCUCAGCAGAGGGCCAGUGCACUCAGACUGAUGCAGGGGCUGUGGGAGAGUCUGAAGGAGGGCAUCUGGAGUAGGGUGCCCCCCAGUGGCCAGUUCUACAAGCUGCGGCUGCUGUUCCUUCUGACGGCUCUGAGGCCGGAGCUCCGCCUGCAGCUGCAACAGGAGCGCGGCGUGCCGGUCCUGACCAAAGCCUUGGAGCAGUGUCUGGUAGCCAGGUGGGAAGAUGGAUGUGAGGGGGUGAUUGACAACGAAGCCCCGCCCAUUUCCAAAAGGCGCUCCCAGGACAUCAUUGAGAUUCUCAAGACUCUCUUCAACAUCGCUCACAGGUUCCACAAGCAGGAACCAGAUGAGGAGGAAGCUGGUCUCUGUCGCCACCUGGCGGCCGUGCUGCGCCGUUGCCUGCUGCUUUCCUGUGACGGGGAGGACACGCUGGAGGAGCUUCAGGGGCACACGGUGAACAUCCUGUCGGCACUGCCGCUCACCUGUCUGGACGUCAUGGUGGCGGUGCCAGUGGAGGGGGCCUCGCACAAGUGUGAGGGGGUCAACAUGGACUGUGUGCACGCUCUGUUGUUGUUCAUGGAUCGACGCCUGAACAGGAGUCAGAAGCUGAAGGAGAAGCUGACCCCGGUGCUGAAUCUACUGACUGAGAGUUCCCGGGUCCACAGGGAGACGCGUCACUACCUGCGUCAAAAGAUUUUGCCUCCGCUCAGAGAGGUGGGCGUCCGGCCCGAGCAGGACAGCACGCUCCGAGGUCGGCUGGUCCGCUUGAUGACUCAUGUGGACACAGAUGUGAAGGACUGUGCUGCUGAGCUGCUGUUUGUGCUCUGCAAGGAGAACGUCAGCAGAUUCGUCAAGUACACGGGUUAUGGCAACGCUGCAGGGCUGCUGGCAGCGCGGGGGCUGCUCAACGGCCGCAGGAACUCGGGGGACUCCCAGUUUGCCUCCCACUACUCCAGCGACUCCGACUCGGACACGGAGGAGUACAGGGAGGCCAAAGCCAAGAUCAACCUGGUGACGGGCCGCGUGGAGGCGGAGCAGCCUGACCCCAUGGAGGGCAUGACGGAUGAGGAGAAGGAGGAGGAAGCCCGUCGCCUCAUCAGCAUGAUCAACAGACUGUCACGAGACCAGAUCAUUCAGCCGAUGGAGGUGACAGCAGAGGGCAGGCUGGCUCCUCUCUACAGCAAGAUGAGGGGCUUCACAGAGGAGGAGGAGGAGGAGGAGGACUCAGAGGAGGAGGAGGAGGAGAUCUUAGACAUGAAAGCAGAAAUGAGGAAGGACAAACAGAUGGAUUAGUGGGUUGUCAUGGAGGAGAACCAAUGUGGACUUCUGCAUGAUGUCGGGACUGACCAGAACCCACAGCCCAUCCCUCACUGCUGCUUUUGUUAACAUAUUGAUCGCUUUUUUAAGCAUUAUUUGAGUAGAUUUGAUGAGAAUUGUGUUCCAGUUUCCCGUGGUUGUUGGAGCAACAGAAACAAAUGCUCCUCAGGUGUCCGAGGUUCUUCAGACAGAAGAGUGUGAUUGGUGACAGAGUCACGUCUCCAUCAGCUCAGCGUUGGUUUGCUGCUCAGGAAACAGAGACUGACUGUCAGAAUGAAGCAUUUCCCAAACAGAAAACUCAUUGAUCCUCGUAAUGAUUCAAACUGUGUUUUUAUGAUAUUUGACCAAGUUUGAAGUUGUUUUCACUUGUCUUUGCUCUACACCUUUACAAGCUAAGACCUAGAAAGAAGGAAAUUAUUGAUAGAAAAUGAUUUUGAAAAAAUCCAAUUUCACAGCAAUUUUUGGUUCAUGUUAAAGGAUUUUAUUUUAAAAUGUAAUAAAUGUUGAUACAUUAGACAGA